GAGUGCUGGAGAGCAAGUGCGCUCUCGCUCGGUCGAGGAAUCCAGGAGCAGGCUCUGGGAUCAGCAGCUGAGCUUUCUCAUCCAAGCUAUAUUGCUGGAAAGCCAAUGACCAUGCCGACAUCCUCCACCCAAGUGUCAGAUCUUGACCAUACCAACUCUACCCAGCAACCCAACUCCAGCAUCUACAUGUUCUCCAAGUUCAUCCACCCUGACAGAGAAUUGUACAAACAAUUUUACAGCCUAUGGAUUGCACUGAUAGUUGUCAAUGCUAUUAUCUUCUUGGUGGGUGUUGUGCUGAACAGCUUGGCAUUGUAUGUGUUCUGCUUCCGUACUAAGACAAAAACCACCUCUGUUAUUUACACCAUCAACUUGAUUGUUACCGAUCUCUUGGUAGGCUUCUCCUUACCCAUACGGAUCAUCAUGUUCUAUACUGCAGAGGACUGCCUGAAUUGCUCCUUUGUUCACAUCUUUGGCUACUUUGUCAACAUGUACUGUAGCAUCCUCUUCUUGACGUGCAUCUGUGUUGACCGCUACCUGGCUAUUGUACAGGUGCAAGCCUCACGAAAAUGGAGGAAUCCCACCUGUGCCAAGGGGAUCUGUGUCUUCAUUUGGAUCUUUGCAACUGUAGUGACUUUCUCCAUCCUCAUCAUGGCAAUACAGUUUGCCCAGUGCUGCAUCUCUGAGAUUCUGGUCCUGAUGGUCUGCGAGUACUUCUUCCCCCUCAUCAUAAUCAUCUUCUUCACCACCAGGAUUAUGUGUGCUCUGUCCAAGCCCAGCCUCAUGCACCAGAGUCGGGAGAGGAGAAUGAAGGCUGUGCAGCUCCUUGUCACCGUCCUCAUCAUCUUCAUGAUCUGCUUCACUCCUUUCCACGUGCAACAGGUAGCGAUCUCCAUCAAUCCAGACAUGUCCCACAAUGUCAACGUUCUUGUCUACCAUGUGACAGUGACUCUGAGUAGUCUCAACAGCUGCAUGGACCCUAUUGUCUACUGCUUUGUCACCAACAACUUCCAGUCAACCAUGAAAAAUAUCUUCAGGAAAACCGAACCAGAGCAAACUACUGUGGACAUCCUGGGUAUGAACAAGAACACCAAGGGUUCCAAUGCAAUCAUCACCUUCUCAAACACAAUAGGAGGCCCUGUGAGCUUGCCGUCUCCAAGCAAUGUCCAGAUCUAACCCACUUCUGAUGGGACGUGCUGCAGUAAACCAGUGUGAUGAUGCUGGAACCUUGGUAGGGUGCAUGGUACCAUUGUCUGACACCUUUGUUCUUUAGGGAGACUUUCAGAAUGACAGUGGUGGAAUUUAUUCCUCAAAAACAUUGUGGUCUGUUUGGAAAAUUGAACUUACAGUGCUUUUAUUACCAAUACAAAAGAAGGUUUAUUAAUUACUGUUGCCCGCAGGAAUGUUUUCUUUGUAUUUUAAUACAGACAUUUUGCUAACAACAAAUUCCAUAUUGUGGUUUUCUUUUCCUCUUUGACAUUGUAAUGCAACACUACUAUGAUGACUUAGAAAGCAGUAAAUCCCUCUGUUUUCUAUGAAAGCUUUCAGGCCUUGGAUGUGUACU